AUUCUUGGCCCUAACGAAACGUUGCUCUUAGAGUAUGUAGGAAGUUUAGAGUGAUUUAGGAUGGAACCGAUAUAAAGUGGUGUUAUAAAGAUUAGGCUGAUGUGUUUCAACUUUGGCUUCUAGUAUCUUUUAGAAAGAGUGACAGAUUGUUAGAUAUUUGCGUUUUAACCCAUUAUUUUUGGUCUAUUCAUUUCCUUGCGUUAGGUCAUUCAGCACUACCUCAAAUGUAAUGUCAGUGCCAUGUUGACGAGCAUACAAGUGUAAUUAUAGUUACUGUUUUAAAACCCUAAAUAAUCGGAUAAAUAGUUUAGAAUCAUGUAUUUGGGAUCGCUUCUGCGCAGAUACUGUGCUGUUCAGAUCAGACAGCAAGUCGGAUCUCUACAGAGAGUCAUGCCGACAUCCUGUCUCUCUGCUAGAGGGUUCCACGUGACUGACAGUAGAAGGACGUAUGAUGUCCGGAAAGUGGAGCUGACUCCACUGGAACAAAGAAAACUGACCUUCGACAGUCAUGCUCUUGUCAAAGAGCUGGAAUUAAACGGGUUCGAAAAGAAGCAGGCAGAGUUGAUCGUCAGUGCACUGGUCACUCUCACAACAGCCAACAUGGACAUUGUGUACAGGGACAUGGUAACAGGAGCGCAUCAGGAAAUUGUUCUCCAGCAAAUUAUGGCUCAUCUGGAUUCCAUUAGGAAGGACAUGGUUAUUCUGGAGAAAAGUGAAUUUGCCAACUUGAGAUCGGAAAAUGCUAAAAUGCAGACUGAACUUGAACAGAUCAAGAACAGGUUGCUUGAGGAAAGUCAAAAAAUCAGAGCAGACACAAAGUUGGAUAUUAAUCUUGAGCGAAGUCGAGUAACUGACAUGUUUACAGAGCAAGAGAAAAAACUGAUGGAGGUCAGCUCUGAGUUUCAUAAAAAGAACGCUGAAAUCGAAACUAGUGCAAUUGAAACCACCAAGAAAAUAGACAUCGAAGUGGCUUCACUGAAAACACUCCUAGAAUCACUGAAGCUCCAGACGAUCCGAUAUCUCGCAGUGUGCAUCUUCUCCUGUUUGGCAGUUGCCCUCGGGGUCUAUCGUUCAUGGAAUUGAAAUAAGUUGUCUUUUAUAUUCUAUUCGGUCAUGUACAUUUUUUUUUUUAAU